CAGACAGAUUAUGGGGUACCACAUUGUAGUUUGCCUGGAGGCAAAAAUAUUUGUGACAUCUUUUCAAAAGGAAUGAGAGGAAAAAGAACUGAAGCAAGAGUGAGCGGCUGGAAAGCGGUAAUACGACAUACGCAUGCGCACUGAACUUCAUUCCCUUUAACCGUUCCAAAUUUUUCACUGUUUAAUGAAUUCCUCUUAAUCAAGCACCACGCACUUUUAUUUGACCAUUUCUCGUCCACCACAAACACUGUUAUAAUACAUUUCCCAACAAUUCUACACACUUAGAAUAAAGUUCACAACUACCACACACAGAGUUAUAACAACAUUUCUAAUAACAGAUGACAUUGGCAUAACAGAAAAUGCACCUUCAAACCAUUCUAUCUUUUAAAUGCUAUAUGGAAGAGACAGCUAGCAUUAUUUCUAUAAAUUCAUUGUAAAAUUCCAAUGACAUUUUGCUCUGAACUGAGAUUAUUAGCAAAAUUUCUGUGUCAUAAUCUGGAGUGUAUACAAAGUGAGUUUGUGUGCUAAUAAAACUUGGAUAAAUUUUCAGAAGUUUUUAGAUAAAAGGAAAAUUGGACAGAAAUACAGCAGCUGAAAAAAUAGCAACGAUUAAAGAAUAGGAACAAAAAAUAUAUAGAAAUAUAGACAUAUUAUUAUUUCAGAAAUAAAUAUUGCAAAAACUAGAUGAAUUUUUCUGUUGGAGACAUGCCUAAAGACAGAGGAAAGCCAUCAUGUGAAUUUAAUAUCUGUGAAAAGUCAUUCUCUGAAAAUGGUAACCUAACAAAACGUAAGUGCAAUAAUACAAGGAAGAAGCAAUUUUGCUGCAAUAUCUGUGGGAAAUCAUUCUCUUUACGUAGUAGUUUAACAUUUCACCAACGAGUUCAUACGGAAGAGAAGCCAUAUGGAUGUGAUAUCUGUGGCAAAUCCUUCUCUCAGAAUGAUAACGUAACUAGACACAAACGUACCCAUACAGGAGAGAAGCCAUAUCACUGUGGUAUUUGUGGUAAAUCAUUCUCUCGAAGUGAUGCUUUCAUAUCUCACAAGCGUGUUCAUACAGGAGAGAAACCAUAUUGCUGUAAUAUCUGUGGUAAAUCAUUCACUCAAGGUUCUGACUUAACUAAACACAAACGAAUUCAUACAGGAGAGAAGCCAUAUCACUGUGAUGUCUGUGGUAAAUCAUUUUCUUUGUCAUCAAGCGUAACUAAACACAAACGUAUUCAUACAGGAGAGAAACCAUAUAAGUGUGGCAUUUGUGGUAAAUCUUUCACCCGAAAUACUUCAUUAACUUCUCACAAACGGAUUCAUACGGGAGAGAAGCCAUAUAAGUGUGAUAUUUGUAGUAAAUCAUUUUCUCGACUUGACUACUUCACUGCACACAAGCGUGUACAUACAGGAGAAAAGCCAUAUCAGUGUAAUAUCUGUGGUGAAACAUUCAGUGUAAGUUGUAGCUUACAAUCACACAAACGUAUUCAUACAGGAGAGAAGCCUUAUCACUGUGAUAUCUGUGGUAAAUCAUUCCAUCACAAUAAUGCUUUAAAAGUACAUAAAUCUAUUCAUACAGGAGAGAAGCCAUAUAACUGUGAUAUCUGUGGUAAAUCAUUCUCUCAAAAGAAUAAUUUAAAUAAACAUAAGCGUAUUCACACAGGAGAGAGGCCAUACAGUUGUGAUUUCUGUGGUAAAUCAUUUCCUCAAAAUAUUCAAUUAACAUCUCACCAACGUAUUCAUACAGGAGAGAAGCCAUAUCAGUGUAAUAUCUGUGGUAAAUCAUUCUCUGUAAGCAGUGCUUUGAAUUCUCACAAACGUAUUCAUACAGGAGAGAAGCCAUACCAGUGUGAUAUCUGCAAUAAAUAUUUUUCGCACAGUAACAAUUUGACUAUUCACAAACGUAUUCAUACAGGAGAGAAACCAUUUCAGUGUGAUGUCUGUAAGAAGUCAUUCUCUGACAGUCGUAGUUUAAGAACACACAAGUAUAUUCAUACAGGAAAGAAGCCAUAUAAGUGUGAUAUUUGUGGGAAGUCAUUCUCUCAAAGUAGUAAUUUGAAGUCACACAGGCGUAGUCACACAGGGGAGAAGCCAUAUCAGUGUAAUAUCUGCAGUAAAUCAUUCGCUGUAAGUUCUGGCUUAACAAUACACAAGCGUAUUCAUACAGGAGAGAAACCAUAUCAGUGUGAUAUUUGUAAGAAGUCAUUCUCUGACAGUAGUAGUUUAAUAGUACAUAAGCGUAGUCACACUGGUGAGAAGCCAUAUCAGUGUGAUAUCUGUGGUAAAUCAUUCUCUUUAAGUAGUCACUUAACAAUACAUAAGCGUGCUCAUACAGGAGAGAAACCAUAUCAGUGUGAUAUCUGUGGUAAAUCAUUCUCUUUAAGUAGUCGCCUAACAAGACAUAAACGUACUCAUACAGGGGAGAAGCCUUAUAAAUGUGAUAUUUGUAGCAGAUCAUUUUCUCAACUUAGUAAUUUAAGAGUACACAAAUGUCCUCAUACAGGAUAGAAGCCACAUCACUGAUAUUUGUGGUAAAUCAUUCUCUCAAGGUCAUGGCUUAUCUAGACACAUAUGUAUCCAGUUGAAAGUGUAACUGUAUCAAUGUGGAACUUCUUUAUUUCAUAUAAUUUGCCAAAAGGGCAUCACACAGAUGGAAGCUUCGCGGGCUGGACACGGACAUUGAUGGUAUGAAUGAUGAUGGGAGAAGAGGAAAAGCGCCCGCUGACUUUUGCUUCUCUAAAACAAUGUUCUUUUUUCCCUUUUCCCCAAAGACACAAUGAGGCAAUAAACCUCUUACUUAACACAAUGUUCAGAAUUCUUUUUUCUUUGUUUAAAACACACAAAAAGUCACAUUUUCUAGACUCGUUCAGGUUAUCCGGCCGACCAGUAUCCUUGCUUCUUUGAAGCAUGCACCCGGUUCCAGGCCGGACCACACAGGUAUAUAUUUAUAGGAGCAAUGUGGAAUUUCUUAACAACCAAAAAACAUUUAAGUACCCACCUGAAAUGAGGUGGGCUUAGCUUUGUGAACUUUACCCAUGACAACAACCAAGCCACCCAUCAUUGGCUCUCUUUCUGAGGUUGUCUUUUACAGCUGUUUGAACUUUUAAUGAUGCCAACCUUUUUUUAUUUUCUGCUUACCACAUGAAGGAAUAUGGUUUAGUGUCAAAUUUCUUUCUUUCUAUGAAAAUUUAAAAACAAACACCGUCUUCUAUAAUUAAAUGUAUGUACAUUGGAAAAGAAAUAUAACAGUGUGUGAUAAGAGCCUUCCCACACUCUAUGUUUUAUAUUAACUCAACUAAACACUGUUGAGAUAACUUACCUCUGUAAUAGUUUUAAUAAAAGCAAUUUCCUCCAGA